CCCCUUCCGGGGGCGACUCGGAAGCGGCGGGGCGGAAGCGGCGGGGGGCGCCGCCGUGGGCCGAGGCGGGGGCGGAUGAGCGGGCGGCGCGGCGCGGGCAGCUGCGCGGGGGGCAGGACCCCACGUGAGGCCGCAGUACCCCAGGUGUAACCAAAAAAUAUGAUUUGUUGCCUACUGCACCAAACAUCUUAAAUAUUUCAUUUGCCAUUUGGCCACCUGGCUUCAACUACAAUGCAACAAGCUUUAGAACUGGCAUUGGAUCGUGCAGAGUAUAUCAUUGAAAGUGCCCGUCAGAGACCUCCCAAACGAAAAUAUUUAUCCAGUGGAAGAAAAUCUGUAUUUCAAAAACUCUAUGAUUUGUAUAUAGAAGAAUGUGAAAAAGAGCCUGAGAUAAAGCAGAAGCUGAGGCGAAAUGUGAAUUUACUUGAGAAGCUGGUUAUGCAGGAGACAUUAUCAUGUCUGGUAGUGAACCUCUAUCCAGGAAAUGAGGGUUAUUCACUGAUGCUCAGGGGAAAAAAUGGUUCAGAUUCUGAGACCAUUCGGCUGCCUUAUGAGGAAGGAGAACUGCUUGAAUAUUUGGAUGCAGAGGAGCUACCACCUGUUCUGGUUGAUCUUCUGGAAAAAUCUCAGGUUAACAUUUUUCAUUGUGGGUGUGUCAUAGCAGAAAUACGUGACUAUAGGCAGUCUGGUAACAUGAAAUCCCCAAUGUACCAAAGCAAGCACAUUCUUUUGCGUCCUACAAUGCAGACUUUAAUUUGUGAUGUGCAUUCUAUAACAAGUGACAACCACAAAUGGACACAGGAGGACAAACUUCUUCUUGAGAGUCAACUUAUUUUGGCUACAGCAGAGCCUUUGUGUCUUGAUCCUUCAAUAGCAGUGACCUGCACCACUAACAGACUCCUGUACAACAAGCAGAAGAUGAAUACUCGCCCAAUGAAACGGUGCUUCAAAAGGUACUCCAGGUCAUCUCUGAACAGGCAGCAGGAAGUGGCUCAUUAUUCAACUCCACCUCAGCUUAGACUACUUGACUACUUACAGAAAAGAAAGGAGAGGAAAGGAGCCCAGCAGUAUGACCUCAAAAUUUCUAAAGCUGGAAAUUGUGUAGAUAUGUGGAAACAGAACCCUUGCUACUUAACUGCACCUCCUGAAGUGGAUGUGGAAAAAUAUGCCAAAGUGGAAAAGUCUAUCAAGCCUGAUGAUUCACAACCAACUGUCUGGCCAGCACAUGAAGUAAAAGAUGAUUACGUGUUUGAAUGUGAAGUUGGUAAUCAGCUUCAAAAAACAAAACUGACUAUUUUUCAGUCUCUUGGCAAUCCAUUGUACUAUGGUAAAAUUCAGACACUCAAAGGUGAUGAGGAAAAUGAUAACCUGUUAACUCCAUCACAGUUCCUUAUUGGUUCCAAGACUGAUGCUGAAAGAGUGGUGAACCAGUACCAAGAGUUAGUACAAAACGAAGCUAAAUGUCCUGUGAAAAUGUUUCAUAAUUCAGGUGGAUCAGUCAAUCUUAGCCAUCUUUCUCCAGGGAAGGAAAUGGAACAGCCAGAAGGUAUAUCAGGCUCUGUUCAGUCUUCAGUAUUGGGGAAAGGUGUAAAACACCGACCUCCUCCUAUCAAAUUACCUUCAAGUUCAGGAAGUAGCUCUUCAGGUAAUAUUUUUAGUCCACAGCAGUCAAGUGCCCACCUAAAAUCCCCAACUCCUCCUCCUCCUCCUAAGCCUCCUGGUCUUUCUCGGAAACAAUCUAUGGAUCUUAAUCAAGUUAGCAUGCUUUCUCCAGCUGCCAUGUCUCCUGCGAGCUCUUCACAAAGGUCUGGAACUCCUAAACCAUCUACUCCUACUCCAACCAACACCCCUUCAUCGACCCCACACCCUCCUGAUGCUCAGAGCUCAACUCCUAUUACCCCUUCUGCCACCCCUACUCCCCAAGAUUCAGGCUUCACCCCUCAGCCCACUUUGUUAACCCCGUUUGCUCAGCAGCAAAUGUCUCUGAGCCAGGCAUUGCCUGUAAUGACCAUUCCUCUUUCCACCAUGGUAACAUCCAUUACUACAGGAACAACCUCCACCCAGGUCAUGGCAAACCCUGCAGGACUUAACUUCAUCAAUGUAGUGGGCUCUGUGUGUGGAGCACAGACAUUGAUGAGCGGUUCAAACCCUAUGUUGGGGUGCAACACUGGUGCCAUAGCCCCUGCAGGUAUAAAUCUGAGUGGCAUUUUACCAUCAGGAGGUCUGGUACCAAGUGCGCUGCCCGCUGCAAUGCAGUCCACCUCUCAAGCAGGCAGCCCUUUUGGUUUGAAAAAUGCAUCAAAUCUUCGGCCCUUAAAUCUUCUGCAGCUUCCAGGUGGUUCACUUAUUUUUAACCCACUCCAGCAACAACAGCAGCAGCAGCUGUCACAGUUUUCUCCACAGCAACAAUCUCAACAGCCUACAACCUGUAGUCCUCAGCAACAGGGAGAACAGGGGUCUGACCAAGGUCCAUCCAAUCAAGAUCAGACAUUAUCUGCCCAACAAGCUGCUGUAAUUAACCUGACUGGAGUAGGGAAUUUUAUGCAACCUCAAGCCACAGUGUUGUCUCAGCUUGGCUCUGCCAUGAACAGACCUGAGCAAAGCCCUCCUCAGCAGAGACUCCAGCUCUCUUCUGCCUUACAACAGCAACAACAACAAGCCUUGCAGCAGCAGCAGCAACAGAUACAAGUAAUCCAGCAACUUCGCUCUGACUGCGUUUAAAAAACAAAUAAAUAAAAUUCUCAGCUCCAAAACCAAAAAUUCUGCCCCUUAGGUUUUUUUACUAAUGUGUUCAUGGUCUCUCAACUAAUAAAAUAUUUUGGCAAGCUACCUCUUGAAAGACUUAAUCUGUUGUUAUCUCAGCUUGGAGCACUGAAUUUAUUUUUAUUCAUUUAACCCAUCCACCUUCCUGAUUUGAUAACAUUCAAGGAGUGCUUGUGGCACAUUAAAAAUAAGCUCUGCCAGGUGCCAUUGGGAUUUCAAAAUAAUCUAAAACAGCAUGAACUGUAAGCACCUGUAAGUUCAAAUGUAGCACAGCUCCAGUUAGUACAUGGAAAAAGCAGCUCUGGCAAAGCAUUCCUUUAGCAUACUGUCAUUCAGAUGCUUUAUAAAAAUAUCUUAGUAUUCUACCACACAGUCUCCUUCAGGUGAUACAUGUAGAAAAUACAUAUAUUGAAGAAAUACCAUGCUAAAAAUGUACUGCUUAACCAAAUUCACUGAAGUUGCUGAGUUACUGCAGUUACUGCAACAGAGAGAGAGGGCAAAGAAGCAACACUGAGUAUACGUAUAAAAUGUUAAGAUAUGCCCUCAGCAGGCUUCUGUGCCACUGGUGCUGCUUGACUGUAUUUAUUGCCCCAGUAUGUGGUGCAUUCCUUUUUGUUAACCCUGUACUUUCUCUCAGUUUAUUUCAUUUUUCCCUUCCAAAUCAUUCUUCCUGAGAUGAAAGGUAGCUGUAAAGCUAACUCUUAACAAGCUCUUUUUCC